UGUCCUUGUCUGUUUGAGUUUAAAAGACAGAUUCAGCUGUCUGGGUUGCACUCUGGUGGGAGCCAUCAUGGAGAGAGCUGUGGUGCAAAUCACCCUCUUUGGGUUGCUGCUGGCUUUGACCACCACACUACCAAGCAAGGACAACUGGGACAUCUACAGCUUUCACAUCAACUCCACAGUGACCAGUCGUUAUGCAACCACUGUCAUCACAAGCCGCGUGGCCAAUCGUAUGGACGAGUCCAAGGAAAUAGAAUUCCACGUCCGGAUUCCCAAGAACGCCUUCAUCAGUAAAUUCAGAAUGUUUAUAGAUGGCCAAGUGUACGACGGUGUUGUGAAAGGUAAAGAGAAAGCUCUGCAGCAGUACACCGAGGCUGUGUCCCGAGGCCAAAGCGCUGGGAUUGUCAGUUCUGUAGGGAGGACCCUGGAGGAAUUUAAGACCUCUGUGACUGUAGCUGCACACAAAAAGAUCACCUUUGAACUCACAUAUGAGGAGCUGCUGAAACGCAGGCUUGGCAAGUAUGAGCUGCAAAUCCACGCUCGACCCAUGCAGCCUGUCAAAGACUUCAAGGUUGAUGUGUACAUUAAUGAGAAGGCGGGCAUCAAUUUCAUCGAGGUUAAAGGAGGUCUAAGCACCAAAGCCCUAGCUAAUGCCAUCACCAAAACACAUGCUGACAAACAGGCGUGGGUGUAUUUCUACCCGACAGAGGACCAACAGAGAACCUGUGACAGCUGUGGAGAGCAGGGUAUGAAUGGAGAUCUGGUUAUUGUUUAUGAUGUCAACAGGAACACCUCACUGGGAGACAUCAAGAGAUCAUCUGGGUACUUUGUUCAUCACUUUGCUCCAUAUGGUCUUGCCCGCAUACCAAAAAAUGUUGUCUUCGUUAUUGAUCAAAGUGGCUCAAUGUACGGCAGAAAAAUGCAACAGACCCGAAUAGCAUUAAUCCACAUCUUGAGCGACCUGGCUGAGGAUGACCACUUUGGGCUCUUCACUUUUGAUAACAACAUUUAUCACUGGAAACGAGAACUUGUUCAGGCCAACGAGGAAAACCUGGAGAGUGCCAAGAAAUUUGCACGGGAUAUUAAAGACCGAGGAUCCACAGACAUUAACAGAGCAGUGUUGGAAGGAGCACGUAUGCUGAAUGCACAUCCCAGAGAAGGUUCAGCGUCCAUCCUUAUACUUCUCACCGAUGGAGACCCGACCUCAGGGGUGACAAAUCUCGAACAAAUACAGUCAAAUGUCAGAGGGGCUAUCGCAGGCAAAUUCCCACUCUACUGUCUUGGUUUUGGUUUUGAUGUCUAUUUUGAGUUCCUUGAGAAGAUGUCGCUGCAGAACAAUGGUGUGGCACGACGGAUUUAUGAAGACUCUGACGCUGAUUUACAGCUGAAGGGUUUCUAUGAAGAGGUGGCCACUCCUCUGUUGACAGAUGUGACAAUGAUCUAUAAUGGUGGGACCAAUCUAACCCAGACUAACUUCAGCCAGUAUUAUAAUGGCUCUGAGAUUGUGGUGGCCGGUCAGAUCACUGACAACGACAUUGAAACCUUCACUGCGCAAGUUGUGGCCAUUUCGAGGAAUAGAAAGAUGACGUUUUCUGACACAAACGCCACCGUGGAGUCCACUGAAACGGCGUCUGGCAGCCACAUCCAGAGGGUUUGGGCCUACCUUACAGUCAAACAGCUUCUGGAGAAAGAGCUGCUGUUAUCUGGACCUGAGAAGGAGAACGUGAAGAAAGAGGCCUUGGAGCUGUCGCUGAAGUACAGCUUUGUAACCCCACUCACAUCCAUGGUGGUCACCAAGCCUCCAGGGGAGAACACAGAUGUGCUGCAUAAACCCAAGGAAGGUGAAACACCACAGGCACGGGAUUCUUUGGUAUUGCAUAGUCCACCUAGUCGGAGAGUUUACUCGGGACACGGCGGUUCAACUCAACUAAAGACAAUGGUGAUAAACACUCGUCAUGACCCCCUUCCAGGUCAUAUUGGUCAUAUAUCUUUUCUAGCUGAUGAUGACUACGGUGAUGCAAUGGUCGAUGAAGAUUCUGCUGUUGAGGACAGCAUGUAUGGCACUCUUCCCACCCUUGUGCUAGACAGUGCAACUCAUGCUGAGGAUUACAACGAUUAUGGCCUUAGUAUGAGCAACCCUCUUCCCAGCAUUGUGCCAGACAGUGCAACUCAUGCUCCUCUUUCACACAGGUUUUUGCUAAAAACUGAGAAUCUGUCUCUUCCACUUUGCUUUGACGUCACUGGAGAUGUUCGCCUUAAACUACUUCAUCAUCCCAACAGAGAGCUGUCUGUGAAUGGUGAGCUUGAUUCAGUAUCGUUUGGAGGCUUCAAAAGGAUCGUCAUCCACUUCAAGACUGAACUGUAUGUUGAGGUUGACACCAAUGAAAUCACUGUACGAGAGGGACAGACACUGACACGCCACACUGGACAAGAUCUCAUCACAGCUGGAAGUUUGACAGUGAUUAGGCGGGACAAGGAAGUAGAUGUUGCAGCUGGAGACACACGCAUGGUCUUCUUAAUUCACGAGAAGGAAGGCGUUAAAUUCCUCUGGCCGGUUUUAAGACAGCAGCCAUCAGACAACAACGCCACAGGAAUUUUAGCUGUAAAGCCAGCAGUUUAUGAGGAGGUGCAACAAACUCCCUCAACAAAACUGAAGAUCGAAGACCAGGAGGUUGACGUUACCAGGGCCAAUGCUGUUGACUACAGUAUUGUCUCUAACCUGACACUGGACUGCUGGCUCAUGUCUGCUGAGUCUGCCCUGCAGAGACGCCUGGAGGAUUUCAUUGUUACACAACUUUAACUGGGAACCAUGUUGAAUCACUUGCAAAGAUUUAAUUUGAAAUAACAAGUAAGCCAAACUGAUUCAUCACUUGAUACUAACGUGAACAAAUAAAUAAUAUCCCAGAUCUGUA